GAUGGCGGCCCCGGACCAGAAAUCGCCAAACGUUCUUCUGCAGAACCUAUGCUGCCGGAUUCUGGGCAAGAGCGAAGCUGACGCAGCCCAACAGUUCCAGUAUGCUGUACGAGUUAUUGGCAGCAACUUUGCCCCCACGGUUGAAAGAGAUGAAUUUUUAGUAGCUGAAAAAAUCAAGAAAGAACUUAUUCGACAAAGAAGAGAAGCAGAUGUUGCAUUAUUUUCAGAACUCCACAGAAAACUUCAUUCACAGGGAGUUUUGAAAAAUAAAUGGUCAAUACUCUACCUCCUGCUAAGCCUUAGUGAAGAUCCACGUAAACAGCCAAACAAGAUUUCUAGCUAUGCCACAUUAUUUGCUCAAGCAUUACCAAGAGAUGCUCAUUCAACUCCAUACUACUAUGCCAGGCCUCAGACUCUGCCCUUGAAUUACCAGGAUCGGAGCACCCAAUCAGCACAGAGUUCUGGCAGUAUGGGAAGCAGUGGAAUCAGCAGUAUAAACAUGUAUGCCCUAAAUGGCCCAACACCAACACCACAGUCUCUCCUUCCUGGACAGUCUCAUCAAGCUCCGGGAAUAGGAGAUUGCCUUCGACAGCAGUUGGGGUCACGUCUUGCAUGGACUUUAACUGCAAACCAGCCUUCUUUACAAGCCACUACCUCAAAAGGUAUUCCAAACACUGUUUCUCGCAACAUGACAAGGUCAAGGAGAGAAGGGGAUGCAAGUGGCACUGUGGAAAUAACUGAAGCAGCCCUUGUAAGAGACAUUUUGUACGUCUUCCAGGGUAUAGAUGGAAAAAUCAUAAAAAUGAACAACACUGAAAAUUGUUAUAAAGCGGAAGGAAAGGCAAACAUAAAUAAAUCCUUGAGAGAUACGACAAUCAGACUUGCUGAGUUGGGAUGGUUACAUAAUAAAAUCAGAAAAUACAUCGACCAGAGGAGCUUAGACCGUUCAUUUGGACUUGUAGGUCAGAGCUUUUGUGUUGCCUUGCACCAAGAACUCAAAGAGUACUACCGAUUACUCUCAGUUUUACAUUCCCAGCUACAACUGGAAGACGAUCAGGGUGUAAAUUUGGGACUUGAGAGUAGCUUAACACUUCGGCGCCUCCUGGUUUGGACCUAUGAUCCGAAAAUAAGACUGAAGACUCUUGCAGCCUUGGUUGAUCACUGUCAAGGAAGGAAAGGUGGUGAACUAGCAUCAGCUGUCCAUGCUUAUACAAAAACAGGAGAUCCGUAUAUGAGAUCUCUAGUACAGAAUAUUCUCAGCUUGGUAUCUCAUCCUGUUCUGACUUUUCUUUACCGUUGGAUAUAUGAUGGAGAGCUAGAAGACACAUACCAUGAAUUUUUUGUAGCAUCAGAUCCAACAGUUAAAACAGAUAGACUGUGGCACGACAAGUAUACUUUAAGGAAAUCAAUGAUUCCUUCGUUUGUUACAAUGGAUCAAUGUAGAAAGGUCCUUUUGAUAGGAAAAUCAAUAAAUUUUUUGCACCAGGUUUGUCAUGAUCAAACACCAACUGCAAAGAUGAUAGCUGUGACAAAGUCUGCAGAGUCACCCAAGGAUGCUGCAGAUUUAUUCACAGAUUUAGAAAAUGCUUUUCAGGGAAAAAUUGAUGCAGCUUAUUUCGAGACUAGCAAAUAUCUAUUGGAUGUUCUCAAUAAAAAAUAUAGCUUGCUGGACCACAUGCAGGCAAUGAGGCGGUACUUACUUCUUGGUCAAGGAGAUUUUAUAAGACACUUAAUGGAUUUGCUAAAACCAGAACUUGUCCGUCCAGCUACUACUUUGUAUCAACAUAACUUGACUGGAAUUCUUGAAACUGCUGUCAGAGCAACCAAUGCACAGUUUGACAGUCCUGAAAUUCUCAAAAGACUGGAUGUUAGGCUCCUGGAGGUCUCUCCAGGUGAUACUGGCUGGGAUGUCUUCAGCCUUGACUAUCAUGUCGAUGGACCAAUUGCAACUGUGUUUACUCGAGAAUGUAUGAGCCACUACCUAAGGGUAUUUAAUUUCCUUUGGAGGGCUAAGCGGAUGGAAUAUAUCCUUACUGAUAUAAGAAAAGGACAUAUGUGCAAUGCAAAGCUCCUGAGAAAUAUGCCAGAGUUUUCUGGGGUGCUGCAUCAGUGUCACAUUCUGGCUUCUGAAAUGGUCCAUUUCAUUCAUCAAAUGCAGUAUUACAUUACAUUUGAGGUGCUUGAGUGUUCUUGGGAUGAACUUUGGAACAAAGUACAGCAAGCUCAAGAUCUGGAUCACAUUAUUGCAGCACAUGAGGUUUUCUUAGAUACCAUCAUUUCUCGAUGUCUGCUGGACAGUGACUCCAGAGCACUUUUAAAUCAACUUAGAGCUGUGUUUGAUCAAAUUAUUGAACUUCAGAAUGCUCAAGAUGCAAUAUACAGAGCUGCUUUGGAAGAGUUACAGAAACGAUUACAAUUUGAGGAGAAAAAGAGACAGCAUGAAAUUGAGGGCCAGUGGGGAGUGACAGCAGCAGAGGAAGAAGAAGAGAACAAAAGGAUUCAAGAAUUUCAAGAAUCUAUCCCAAAAAUGUGUUCACAGUUGCGAAUAUUGACACAUUUCUACCAGGGUAUUGUGCAGCAGUUUUUAGUGUUACUGACAACCAGCUCUGAUGAAAGCCUUCAGUUUCUCAGCUUUAGAUUGGACUUUAAUGAACAUUAUAAGGCCAGAGAACCAAGACUGCGAGUAUCUCUGGGCACUAGAGGGCGACGCAGUUCCCAUAUGUGA